UUGGAUGAGUUUCGGUGUCAGGCGGCCUCCGUGAGGAUCUUCAAGGAAAUGGCGGCGUUGAGGGGUCUGUUUCGCGGCGGGAAGAGUCUCCUUGGCCCGUGGACACGGAGGGAGUUCCAUCGGACGGCGCCCGCGGCCGCUCAGUUGACCAUUCGAGAUGCCCUGACCCAGGCCUUGGAUGAAGAAAUUGAGAGAGAUGAAACUGUAUUUCUCUUGGGAGAAGAGGUAGCACAGUACGAUGGUGCUUACAAGGUGAGCCGUGGACUGUGGAAGAAAUGGGGAGAUAAGAGAAUCAUGGACACACCAAUCUCAGAGAUGGGCUUUGCAGGAAUUGCAGUUGGUGCUGCCAUGGCUGGCUUGAGGCCCAUCUGUGAAUUCAUGACCUUCAACUUCUCAAUGCAAGCGAUCGACCAAAUUAUAAAUUCUGCUGCCAAAACGUACUACAUGUCUGCUGGUGCUGUACCCGUUCCUGUUGUCUUCAGAGGUCCAAAUGGUUCUUCUGCUGGAGUGGCAGCUCAGCAUUCACAGUGCUUUGCAGCAUGGUACAGCCACUGUCCUGGGCUGAAAGUGAUUAGUCCUUGGAGUGCCGAAGAUGCAAAAGGCUUGUUGAAAUCUGCCAUUCGAGAUGAUAAUCCCGUUGUGUUUCUGGAAAAUGAAUUGAUGUAUGGUGUUCCCUUUGAAGUUUCUGAGGAAGCCCAGUCAAAAGACUUUCUUAUCCCAAUAGGAAAAGCCAAAGUAGAAAAAACAGGAACCAAUAUCACCUUGGUUGCACACUCCAAAAGUGUAGGCAAUUGCAUGGAUGCAGCUGUUGCUCUCGCAAAAGAAGGUAUUGAUUGUGAGGUAAUUAACAUGCGUACUAUCAGACCCAUGGAUAUGGAGACUAUCGAAGCUAGUGUGAUGAAGACCAAUCAUUUGAUAACAGUUGAGGGUGGUUGGCCACAAUUUGGAGUAGGUGCUGAAAUCUGUGCUAGAAUCAUGGAAGGUCCAGCAUUUAAUUACCUGGAUGCCCCAAUUGUGCGAGUUACUGGUGCAGAUCUCCCUAUGCCUUAUGCAAAGAUCUUGGAAGAUAACAGCAUACCUCAGGUUAAGGAUAUAAUUUUUACAGUCAAGAAGAUACUCCAUGUGUAAUUGCACCUGCCUUGCUUUUUAUGAAUCUGCCAUCUCUAUUUCACUGGUGUAUAACUUUAAUAGUGUAUAUGUCAUCCUGUAGCUAGGAUAAAAUGUACAAAACAUUUGGUGCCAACAAAAUUGUUGGAAAAGUAUAAUUUUAGAAAGGACUUCAGAUCCAUCCACAAGUUAAAAGGUACAAUAUUAAUUUGAGAACUUGUAUUGAGUGGUAAUUUCUUUCCCAGUUGAUGUAUAUUUGAAAUGCUAAAGGGGCUGUCUGUUUAUUUUGAAGCAAUACAUACCCCCUCACUAAUGUUAAAAGUGGCCCUCAAAAGUUGGAUUAUAAUAUCAUUCAAAUCAUGGAGGGGAAAGAAAAAAUUUAAUGGUAAUAUAUUUUUGCUUUUGAUAACUUGUAUAUCAGUCACUGUUACUGGUUGUUAAACACUAUAAAGUAAGUUACAAAUCUCUAAGUUUUAAGCCAUAUUUUACAUCUGUGUAUCAGUAAACCAACUGGCAUAAGCCUUAAAGUUCAUAUGUAACAGUGGACCGAUGAAAACAAAUCAAUGGCUCCAUUUAACUUUAACACUUUCAUGUUAUGAUAUAAAAUUGGUAGGUUCCACUCUUUUUUUAAAAAAAAUCAAUUUUCUGUAAUUGAUCACUUAGUUUGUGAAACUGUUACAGCAUGUUCCUUUGAACUAUUUAUGAAUGUGUUUUGAAAGACACUCCUGGUUUAAAAAUUAACCUCUUCCAAAAUAGCCAUGUUUGAGUUGCAUAAAUAUCAAUUAGAAUUAUAGCAUUUUGUUAUUGUUUUUGUAAUGUAUAUAAAUGCAUUGAAAUUAUAAUUAUGCAUUGAAAUUAAAAGUUCUAAACAAAUACUCCUUUUUAACAAGAGCAAAUGGUUAUCCCUCAGCCUGUUUGGCAACUACAAGUUUUAAUGUUACUGUGAACACUGUUUUUACUGAUCACAAUUCCUCAUGUUUGGUAGAACAAGAUUCAAACUUCAGUCUAGAAUUUUGACUUUGCCUACAAGAGAAGCAAACUGAGCUGUCUCCAUCAUACUUUAGUAAAUUAAAUUUGACGUAAUUUGUUUAAAACUGUUGGAUUACUUGUUUAUUUAGUUACUAAUUUAGUAUGAGAGAGAACCUCAAUUUUCUUUGAAUUAUGAGCUGGUUCAAGAUUAAGAGUGGAAUUACUUGAUAGCAGUGUUGUGAUUUUUCUAUAUAUAUUGAGUUGUAACACAUCAAAUUUGAUUGGCACCAUGACCACUUUCACUAAAUGGAAAUCCUUACUACCACGGAUACAUCAAAAGAACAUAAGACAUCGAAGCAAGAGUAGGACACUUAGCUCCUUGCAUAUGCUGCACUGCAUUUUUUCAUGUCUAAUUUUCCCAUGGGCUAUUUUCCUGUACUAACCCCACAUUUCUUAAUUCUCAGUGACUAAAAAAAACUUGUUAAUCUUUCUUGAAUAUACUAUAACUGGGCCUCACCAUCUGGAACAUUCCCUCUUCUCAUUAUACCAUCAGGGAGGAAGUACAGGAGCCUGAAGAACAGCUUCUUCCCCUCCACCAUCAGAUUUCUGAACCGUCCAUGAACACUACUUCAUUAUUCCUUUUUUUUGCACUAUUUGUAAUUUAUAGUAAUUUCAUGUCCUUGCAGUGUACUUAUCCUGCAGAUUAACAAAUUUCACAACACUUAAAUCAAUAAUAAACUUGAUUCUGACAAUCCUUUAAAAGAAUCCCAAAGAUUCACAAUCCUGUGUGAAGAAAUUUCAAUCCUGUACAGCAGACCCCUCAUUUUGACUCUGCCUCCUGUUUCUAGAUAGUCCAGCCAAGUUGAACAUAAUCUCUGUAUUUAUCCUGUCAAACCCUGUAAGAAUUUUCUGUUUCAAUGAGAUUGCCCUCCUCAUUAUUCCAUACUCCAGAGUCCCAGUCUGCUUGUAUCUCCUCUUUGGAACUAGUCCACCUAUUUCCCCUGCCAAUCCCAGGAAUCAAUUUACUGAUCUUUGUUGCAUUCCUUCCUCUUCCUUUACAAGUAUAUCAUUCCUUAAGUAGAGAAAUCUGAACCUGUGCAUGAUGUUUCUGGUGAGGAACAAACUGGGGCCUAGAUAAUUGUAGUGUCAUCUUUGCUCUUGUAACCACAUUCUCUUCCAAUAAAGACCAGUGUACCAUUUGCCUUCCUAAUUGCUUGCUGUUCCUGCCUUCCAAUGAUUUGUGUACAAGACCCCAGCACUCUCAACAUUUAUCUUUCAAUCUCUCACCAUUUUUUAAAAAAAAUCUUUUACUAAAAUGGAUGAUAUUCUUUUCCACAUAUUCUGUCUGCCAUACCUUUACCUAUUCUACAUCCCCCUUGCAACUUGGACUGCCACCCAGCUUUGUAUCAACAAACCUUGAUAUUUUACUUGAGCCCUUAAUCCAAAUCAUUGAUGUAGCUGAUGUGAUACCCCACCAGUUAUAAUCUCUGAGCCCAAUAAAAUGACGUGUUUAUUCUG